CCCGGUUGUCGUUAGCGGAAACCAGACUUUUAGCUUCAGGAAACCAGUUGGUGGAAGAAAAAAAAAAGAAACGCUUUGCUUUCUGAUAUCAAAUCUCCUCUGCACGGAGACGAACGUACGGAGGAGCAGCCGCACACUGCAGCCGAUGGACCCUCACACAACAAGGCUCAACCCGCGGUGUGUCCGGCGAUAGGAGGCUCCGGGCCGGAACCAGAACAAGGCCCGGACGGACCGACGCGACCAGCGCUGCGUUUUGCGACACCGGCGGACUGGUGUGUGUGUGUGAGUGUAUAUGUGUGAGUGUAUAUGUGUGUGUGCAGGGAUUGGCAUGUCGUGCACAGGGGACGUGUAGUGUGUGUGUCCCCGGUUCUUGCUGUCUGCAGCUAGACAGCAAGUCUGUCCAUGAGUCCCGGGUGACGGAGGCUGGUCGGAUCCGAUGUGAAGUCUGGAGGCUCGAGCAUGGCACCGCGUGAAGCGAGCUAGAUAACCCCGCCAGUUCACCUCAACUUUGAAUCGGCGCCACACCUGUGUGCAUGUGAAAGCAGAGGAGCUGUUGUUGAGUAUUGCCCCCACAUCGGCUCUCUGAAGGGCCUCGUAGAUGUGUCCGCAGCGAGGGUAGCAGUGAAGCUAAGUUUAGCCGCUACGUUAGCCUCCAGCGGCCCCAUGAAGGAGUACAAGGUGGUCGUGCUGGGCAGCGGCGGGGUCGGUAAGUCCGCUCUGACCGUCCAGUUUGUCACCGGCACCUUCAUCGAGAAAUACGACCCGACCAUCGAGGACUUCUACCGGAAGGAGAUCGAGGUGGACUCGUCCCCCUCCGUGCUGGAGAUCCUGGACACGGCGGGGACGGAGCAGUUCGCCUCCAUGAGGGACCUGUACAUCAAGAACGGACAGGGCUUCAUCCUGGUGUACAGCCUGGUCAACCAGCAGUCAUUCCAGGACAUCAGACCAAUGCGAGACCAAAUAGUGCGAGUGAAGCGGUUUGAGAAGGUGCCGUUGAUCCUGGUCGGGAACAAAGUCGACUUGGAAUCUGAGCGUGAGGUUGCCGGGGCAGACGGACGAGCUCUGGCUCAAGAGUGGGGCUGCCCUUUUAUUGAAACUUCAGCCAAGAGCAAGACUAUGGUGGACGAGCUGUUCGCAGAGAUCGUCCGGCAGAUGAAUUAUUCCACACUGCCGGAGAAGCAGGAACAGUGCUGCACAGCCUGUGUGGUGCAGUGAGAAAGAGAUGCUUAUUUGUCUGGAUCACCACAAGGAUUUUGAUGAACCAUGAACCUGGGGACAAACUGACAAAAACUUACCGCAGCUGGUAGAGUUUCUGCUCAGUGUGGUUUCUGACCGUCUUAUCACAGAGCAUCUGACAGGAAAGACGUCUGUCCUAUUUUUGAUAUCAUAACAGUUAGAAGACGUUUCUGCUGCAACCUUAACGGCCUUUUCGAUGAUCCAGGACGGAGUCGGACUGACGGACUUGUAAUGAGCAAGAACGGCCAUCUGUGAAUUUCAGUCUUUUUUUUUUUCUCCUUUUAGUCGGAAGUAUCCCUGAUAUAAUAAGCAGGAGUGUUUGUGAGGUUGCAGCUUCUUUUUAAAGCUGCUCUAAUCACUAUUAUAUACUUUAUUAUUACUUGUAUUGUGUCUGAAGUUUGGAAUUUGACAAAGUAUUUCAUAACAUUGAAACAUUUUGACUUUUAAGCAUGCAUACUUCGACCAGUUUUCUGCCAAGGUAUGCUGCUGGCUCUAUUUUGCGAAUCUUGUCUGAAAUAGUUCUUCUAACUGACACAAACUACAGCAGCGUGUACAAUGAGUUUUUUUAGCUUUAGGAAACUUAGACAGGAUGUACGACUCUGUGGAUUAAACCUGUAACAUCAAGAAUUUACUUUUUUAUUAUAUCAGUAGCCUGAAGCAGCUAAACUCAUCUGAAAACAUGCAUGCUCAAAAUUGAAAAUGUUCUACUAAAUCAACUUGGAGUGAUAAGGAAGAGCCAUUUUACUGUUUUUAGCCUGAAUUCUAUCAAAGUCUUUACGAGGCAUGAAUCACGUGGACGCAGGUCUUCCAUUUUCAGUUUUUCUCGAGGAGUCUGUGGGAGAAUGAUUUUGGAAACGACCAAAGGAAGCUCACAGUGCAUAUUUGUGUUUGACUUCAUGACGUGUGUUGCUUUAAAUUCAGGAGACGCUGAUUUCUUGUCAUCAAAUAACUCUCGCAGCAAUGUGGUUUGAUAAAAGUUCUGGCACAGUUAAUCCGAUUUAACUUUGUAUUUUUCUUUUUCUUAUAGUAACAUAUUUAUUAAAAACUAACGACAUGGGUAGCCAGUUUUAAACUUUUAAACUACUAGUUUUCGCUUUUUGUGACUUUUCAGGAUAUAUGGUACAUUGUUUUGUUUUUGAAGCUGAGGAUUUAACAGAGCCUUAAAUAAUUUCUGUUGCACCCUGGUCUCAUGUUUCUUUAUUUUCUUCUCAAAGAUAUAAAACUCUGUCGUCAUUUGGUAAUAAACAUGCCGGCCUUUCUGCUUUUGUCAUUGGUCA